AUGGAUUUGAUCAGAGACAAUCCCUCCAUCGUCAUGCAUAUUUCCCUUCUCACUGCCUUGUCCGCUGUGGCUUCGUUGGGCCUUGCCCUGCCCAGUACUCUGCAAACUCGAGGUAUGCCAACUGUCCUUCAUGAACUCAUACAGUCUAGUCAUGACCAUGCUGACUCCCAAUCAGACAUCUCGACCAGCGAAUUUAACGACUUCGACUUUUGGGUCCAGUAUGCUGGGGCGACAUACUACCUGAACGAUUACACCGCCAAGACUGGCUACAAGAUCAACUGUGACAAAGGCAAUUGCCCUGACGUGGAGAAAAAUGGGGGAACCAUUUUUUAUGACUUCUCCAACGACACCAUCACCGAUACUGCGGGCUUCAUCGCCGUAGACGAUGUAAAGAAGGCCAUCGUCCUCGCCUUCCGCGGCUCCUACUCUGUACGCAACUGGAUUGCCGACGCCUCCUUCCCCUAUACAAGCACUGGUAUUUGCACUGGCUGUGAAGCCGAGCUUGGCUUCUGGGGCUCAUGGAAAGCCGUCCGUGAAAACAUCCAGUCUCAGCUACACGAUGCAUUCUCCCAGAACUCCGACUAUGAGCUCAUCGUCACCGGCCACAGUCUCGGUGCCGCUAUUGCCAGUCUCGCAGCUGCCGAUCUUCGAAGCAACGGAUACCCUGAAGCAAAGAUGUAUGCGUAUGCCGCACCUCGCGUGGCUAACGCCAAGUUGGCCAAGCAUAUAACGGACCAGGGCAACAACUACCGCUUUACGCACAUCAAUGACCCGGUUCCCAAACUGCCACUGCUAGCUAUGGGCUAUGUGCACAUCAGCCCCGAAUACUACAUCACGGCUCCAAACAACGCGACUGUCAAGCCUUCCGAAGUCGAGGUCAUUGAAGGUGACGUUUCCUUCAAGGGCAAUACAGGCACCGGUCUUCCCUCCAUUUCUGCGUUCGCUGCCCACCACUGGUACUUCAGACAGGCUGAUGCUGGUUUGGGCACUGGGAUUCCACUCAAGAGGUCCCUGGACUCUGAUGAAUGUCUUUAA